AUGUUAGAGUCGGACUUAUCUAAAGGAGAUUUGGAAGAACUUUGCUGUGCACUUGGUGUGUCUACAGAUGGUGUAAAAGCAGACCUAGUACAAAGGUUAAAACAACUUUCAAGUGAAGUAGGCCAAAGCUCAAAUAGUAUUGAAGAAACUGGUGAAACAAGCCUGGAAAAUUAUGAUGUUGAUGAUCAAGGAGAUCAUGUGAUUGAGCAAUCAUUUUUGUCAAAUGAGAUUGCAGAUCCAGAUAAUCCUUUUGCAAAUACUGAAGAAUGUACUAACUGA